UAAAGGGGACUGCUGAGCGCUUGGCUCUUACAGGCUCUACAGGCAGCAAGGGCUGCACAAACUGUGGCCACUGCUUGCCUUUCCUCCUCCUGGGCAGAGCAAAACGUAGGAGACAGCUACUAUUUUACAUGUGAUUUUGCUUUGAGAGGGAGAGAGCAGGAAGUGCCUAGGAAAUGGUUCAUGACAGAAACCUGGAGUUUUAAAUAGGAGAGAAGAGGAGGAGAAGGAGAGCACAUGGGCACAGUUUGUGAACAGUUGAAACACUGACACAACAGCAGCAGGGGAAAACCAGACUUCUGAGAGAGCAAGCACCUCCCAAGCUAUCCUGAUGGAAGGAGAGACAGUCCCCGAGGCCAGGGGAGCAGGCAGCAAAGCCACUCGGAUCGCUCUCGGUGUCUUUGUGAGCAGCACUGUUGUGCUUGGCACCGCUCUUUUCUUGGUUAGCCAAGGUCUUAUAAAGUUUCAUCCGAAGCAACAGUACUGUUUGACUGCAGAAUGCAUUGAAGCUGCUGCUGGCAUCCUGAGCAAGAUAAAUCAAUCUGUAGAUCCAUGUGAGAACUUCUAUCGAUUUGCAUGUGAUGGCUGGAUAGAUAAUAACCCUAUUCCUGAAGAUAUGUCCAACUAUGGUGUUUAUCCCUGGCUGCGACACAGAGUGGACCUCAAACUAAAGGCAUUGCUAGAGAAACCCAUCAGCAAAAGACGAGACAGUGAAGCUGUACAGAAAGCCAAGAUCCUUUAUGCAUCCUGCAUGAAUGAGGAUAAAAUAGAAAAAGCCGAUGUGAAACCCCUGUUAAGUAUCUUGAAGCACUCACCUUUCCGCUGGCCUGUGUUGGAAUCCAAUCUUGGGCCUGAAGGGCUGUGGUCAGAAAGGAGGUUCAGCUUAGUCCAAGCCUUGGCUACUCUGCGUGGCCAAUACAGCAGCUCUGUCUUCAUCCGUUUGUAUGUGGCUGCUGAUGACAAAAUCUCCCAUCGCUACAUCCUGAAGCUUGAUCAAGCAAGCCUCUCUCUGUCAUCUCGAGAGGAUUACCUAGAAAAUACCACAGAAGCCAAAUCUUACCGAGAUGCCUUUUUGCAGUUCAUGGUUGAUACAGCAGUGCUUCUGGGUGCAAAUGCCUCCCGAGCUGAAUCUGAUAUGAAAUCAGUUCUAAAACUGGAAGUUAAAAUAGCAGAGAUCAUGAUUCCAUAUGAAAAUCGAACAAGUGAGGUGAUGUACAAUAAAAUGAACAUAUCAGAGCUUAGUGCCAUGAUUCCACAGUUUGACUGGCUGGGAUACAUCAAGAAGGUGAUUGACACCAAACUCUAUCCUGAGCUUAAAGAUAUAGGUCCUUCAGAAAAUGUGAUUGUCCGUGUUCCCCAGUACUUCAAAGAUUUAUUCAGGAUACUAGAAAAUGAAAGGAAAAAGACUCUUGCCAAUUACCUGGUAUGGAGGAUGGUUUAUUCAAGGUUAUUUAACCUCAGCAGACGCUUUCAGUAUCGGUGGCUGGAAUUUUCUCGGGUGAUCCAUGGAACUACAACUUUGCUGCCCCAGUGGGAUAAAUGUGUGGACCUUGUAGAAAAUGCCCUCCCCUAUGUUGUGGGUAAGAUGUUUGUGAAAGCCCAUUUUCAAGAAGACAAGAAAGAGAUGAUGGAGGAAUUGACUGAAGGAAUUCGCUGGGCUUUUAUUGACAUGUUAGAAAAGGAGAACGACUGGAUGGACUCUGAAACAAAAAGAAAAGCUCAUGAGAAGGCAAAAGCAGUUAUGGCGAAAGUUGGUUACCCUCAGUUUAUAAUGAAUGACACAUAUAUUAAUGAAGACAUCAAAACACUGAAGUUUACAGAAAAUGAUUAUUUUGGCAAUGUAUUGCAAACUCGCAAAUACGCAGCCCAAUCUGAUUUCUACUGGCUUAGAAAAGAAGUUCCAAAAACAGAGUGGUUUACAAGCCCAACUACUGUAAAUGCUUUUUAUAGUGCAUCUACCAACCAGAUCAGAUUCCCAGCAGGAGAACUUCAAAAGCCUUUCUUUUGGGGAACAGAGUAUCCUAGGUCAUUGAGUUAUGGUGCCAUAGGAGUGAUUGUUGGCCAUGAGUUUACUCAUGGAUUUGAUAGCAAUGGUCGGAAAUAUGACAAAAAUGGAAAUUUAGACCCUUGGUGGACAACUGACUCUGAAGAAAAAUUUAAAGAGAAAACAAAAUGCAUGAUUAAUCAAUACAACAAUUACUACUGGAAGCAAGCUGGCUUACAUGUGAAAGGGAAGAGAACUUUGGCAGAGAACAUUGCAGAUAAUGGAGGUUUGCGAGAAGCUUUCAGGGCAUACAGGAAAUGGAUUACAGAAAAGAGGGGAGGAGAAGAAGAGCCUUUACUGCCAGGCCUUGAGUUCACACAUAACCAGCUUUUCUUUCUGAGUUAUGCCCAUGUAAGAUGCAACUCCUUUAGACCGGAAUCUGCAAGGGAGCAAAUAUAUACUGGAGCUCACAGCCCUCCUCAGUUCAGAGUGAUCGGAGCCAUGAGCAACUUUGAGGAGUUCCGCGAGGCGUUCAAUUGCGCGGCGAACACGAUGAUGAACCGCGGGGCGGAGUCCUGCCGGAUCUGGUAGCUGCCAGCCCUGCCAGCCCUUCUCUCGGGGAGCCUGCCAUGUGAACUGCUCACGCCCAUUGCCAGUUUCAGAAUGAUGCUCUGAAAUAUGGAGAGGUGUUUCUUCGGAUGCAUCUUCCUCACCCAUGUGGAUGAUCUGAUCAUUCCUUAUUUAGAGCCUAGAAACAUUCCUAAUAGAAGAGCUUUUCCUAAAGUAUAGUAAUAAAAAGUAACUCCUUUUAACCAUAAAACUACUCUGGCUCAUCUGCAGUAUCACUGCUGUUGAUGGAUAACUGCCAUUAUCAUUUCUAAUUCCUGAUUUAUAGUUGAGCAAGACAUAAAUGCUAAAAUCCAGUUUUAAUCUAUUGCUCUGCAGGGGUUCUAUGCAGAAUGCUCCCACAGUAAAAUUUAUUCUUUCUGGAUGAAGAAAUUCAUGAGACCUGCUAUAAAGCCAGCUCUGAUCUGCUGCGUGAUACUGCAUUUUCAUAACUUAAGCUGCCACAGCCCAGCAUGACAUAAAUGAUGUUGCAUGAUGUAAAACACAAGACUUUAUAUAAGUUCAGUUUAAUACGUCAGAUUAGUGCCUCUGGUUUUGGAACAGUUUCAAGCUGACAAAGUACCUCGUGGUAUUCAUCUGUAGGACUAAAACAUAAAGGAUACUUGUCAGAUCAUGGCCUCUUCUAAUUUUAGAACAGCUUAUGAUAAAAAUCAAUGUAUGGUGAAAAUCAGAGGCUCUCAGAGGGGAUUCCCAGCACCACGAUACUCAUAAAUAUUGCAGCAUUUUUUCUGGUUUACAGUGUAGGCAGUUUUUUCCCAGCACCUUGUGCUGAAGAUAGCUUCAUCUACAUUUAUUUUUUUGAGCCAGAAAUACUAUACCAGUUUUAAAUGAUGGAUUUUAUUGUUUCUGGGUCUUACAUGGCAUUUUAAGUAGUGUAUGUGUUUGCCCUCAUGUUCUGGAUGGGGCAGGAUGACUUGUGAUUUUAAGGUAAGAGUUUGUGACAGAAAAACUGAGUGCCAGCAUCAUUUGACUUGUCUGGAUAAAAAGAGCAAUUGAGGAGUCGAGGCCUUAAAAAUACAGUAAAAAUAUAGACCAGUUGAGUUUUCAGUUUGAUUUUUAAGAAUAUUCAUGAAAAGAUAUUUUAUUACAGCAGAAAAACUUUAACACAUAACUAUUACUGGGGGGGAUGAGAUGAGGGGUGAGGGAAUGCACACACAGCUCUGUUUUCCUAUCAGAAAGGUACCUAUAUGAGUGGUAUAUAUUUAUACCUUGUGCAUUAUUUCAUUUUUACAUAGUUUAAUUAUUUCAAAAGGAGUUUCUUUAGACUGAUUUAAUUACUGCAAAUCCAUACAGUGUGUAUAUACAUAUAUACAAAAUAUAAUUUUUAUAUGCUUUUAUUUUAUUUUAUCAGUUUAGAAACGUUAGUAAGAGAAACUUUUUUUUUACAAGGAUUGGUCAACUACUGUUGGAUAAGGAAUUGGGUGGAUGGUCCAGAGGGUGAUGGUCAGUGACUCAGAAUUCCAAGGGACAUCAAUGACAAGUAGUGCCCCUCAGGGGUUCAUACUGGCACCAGUGCCAUUUAAUAUAUUCAUUAAUGACAGAUACAGGGAUCAAGUGCACCCUCAGCAAGUUUGCAGGUGACACCAAGCUGAGUGGAAUGGUUGCCCCACCUGAAGGAUGGGAUGGCAUUCAAUGGGGCUUGGACAAUGAGAAGUGGCUCAUGGGAAUCUCAUGAGGUUAAACGAGACCAAGGGCAAAGGGCUGCACCCAGGUUUGGGCAACUCCUUGUAUCAACAAAGCCUGGGGAUGAACAGGUCAAGAGCAGCCCUGCCUAGAAGGACUGGGGGGUGCUGGUGGGUGAGAAGCUGGACAUGACCCAGCAACAGGCCUUUGCAGCCCAGAAAACCAACAGUGUCCUGGGCUGGAUCCAAAGCACUGAGGGCAGCAGGUCAAGGGAGGGGAGAGGAAGCCACCAAGAUGAUUAGGGCAUGGAGCACCCCUCCUCUGAGGAAAGGUUGUGAGAAUUGGGAUUGGUCAGCCUGGAGAAGGGAAGGCUUCAGUGUGACCUUUUCAGCCUUCAGUAUAUGAAGGGAGUCUACAAGAAGGAUGGAGAAGGACUUUUCACAAGAGCAUGUAGUGACAGGACAAGGGGGAAUGGCUGUAAACUGAGAGUAGUUUUGGAUUAGGAGGAAGUUCUUUGCUGUGAGGGUGCUGAGGCACUGGAACAGACAGCUCAGAGAAGUUGUGGGUGCCUCAUUCCUGGAAAUGUUCAAGGCCAUGUUGCAUGGGGCCCUGAGCAACCUGGUGGAAGUGAAAGGAGGUGACCUUGCCCAUGGCAGGGGGCUGGAAUUAGAUGAUCUUUAAGGCCCCUUACAACCCAAAUCAUUCUAUGAAUCUAUGAUUGUCCAACAGUCAGGGUGGAGGAAGGUUUACUGAAGCUAACUAACUGAAACAAAUUGGGUUAUUUUCCUGUGUGUCUUUAGAAAGAAGGAGGUCAUAAUGGAAGUAUAAUUUAUGGAAAAGGACAGGAUCUCAAACUAGCUUCCAGAGUGAAGGAAGCAGACAUUCCUCUCCUUAAGGCUACGUUGACACUUUUUAGAAAUAAAAUAUUGUGAUUUGGGACCAGAACAUUCUUUUCUCUUUUUUUCCCGGAAAAAAUUCAAAGAUUUCUUAAGAGGAAAGCAUUUUCCCUUCCUUCAUUCCAGCUCAAUUCCUGUGUUCCACAGCUUACAGUUUAUCAUUUGAAUUGCCACUACUAAAUUUUUUCCUGGAGGUAUUUUUCCCAUAAAUAAUGGUGGCAGUAUUUUCAUAGAGCUUUUCCUCAAACAAGAAGGUAUGGGUCUUUAGCAAAGGGAUACUUUUUGCUGCCUAAUGGGAAAGUUCUUUAGUAAGCUGAGUAUGUACUGGCUUCAUUUCUGUGCUCAUACAAGCACUGAAAUGACUUGCUGUUGGCUGCUUUGGAUCAACAGCACAAAGUUCAGGGUUGAUGUCCCGGCCCAAUUAAAGGUAGUACCAAUAUGGUUGUUGUCCUCAGAAAAAUCAGGGCAUCAACUCAGGCAUUUAUCUGAAUUUUCUAAAUUGCUGGAAUAUGCGAAGAUGGUUUCACAACAGUCAACUCUGCCUUUUCUAAUUUUAUCUCUCAAAUCAGAGAUGUAUUUGCAAGAAUUCCUCUCUCAUGUUAUUUUCCAGUGGGACAGAUUCUGUCAUUUUGUGAUUUAUGAAGUUGUUUUUCUGUACUGGAUUGGAUUUUUUUCUAAAAUGUUUGGUGUUUCUUGCCUUAAAUGUCACUCUUCCUGCUCCUUGUUAGGCUCAGGUCUUUCAUGUUUAAUACCAAGGAUUUCUGCACAGUAGUGUGUGUAUUCCCAAUGGCACAGGAACCACUGCAAACUCUUUCGUCCUUGCUAGGCCAUCUCCUGCAGCAGGCAGGGAACAGGUCUGGGCUGAGGGGAUAGUAGGGAGCUGGGUGUUUUGGGGGCAAUGCACUAGGAGAGAGGAUGAGGGCAUGACCUGAUUUUGUACCCUGAUUUUGGCAGCUGAGAGGGUACCCACACACUGCUGGGGGAAAGCCACAAGUCCUUGCUGCUGACUGGUACGUUCAUCAGUAGUAUCCUAAUUCAGGACAUUCUUACUGUUGACUCAGGUUUUGAGUGUCUGGGGUUUAGGUCUUGCCUGUGUCCACACAAGGACCCUGGCCUGCCUCACCUUCUCCUUCUUACCUCAAACCAAAGAGUUGAUCUUACAAUUUACAGUUCACUUUGGAUAAGCUGCUUAGGUACCAUUUGGAAAGCAAAGCAGAAGGUAAUUAAACAAGUUCUUAAAACUUCUGUCAUCAAAGACAGCCAAGACAUUAGUGGUGGUUUGUGAGGGCUCUGCCCAUUGCCUCUGUUUUAUCAGAGCACCUGGCUGUGCUUUGUUUCUGUAUUUUGCCUCCUGGGUCUGUGCCAGCAGUGCCUUCCUGCAUUGCUCUCAGGUUCACUUAUUACAUCUAUGCAAAAAAUCCUUCACAAAAAAUAUCCUUUUCCCAGAGCUUUAAAAUUGUUAUUUUGCUUAAUUUUCAGUAAUAUUGGGAAAUGUUUCUUCCUGUUGGCUCAGUAAUCUACUUCUUCUUCAGUGAUCAGGAGGGGAAGGGGCACCUAUGAAUGAAACAUUUUUACCUUUGUAAAUCUGAGGACAUAUUUUUCUACUGUGUAGACAUAAAGAAACAACCUCUACUUCUGUCCCAUAUCUCCUUCUUCAGGUCAUAAAAAUAUGGAAACCUAUUCUCUUCUAGUUAAUCUAGUCUAGAUUUUUUUUUUUUUUGUUUUGUUUUGGUUUUUUGUGUGUGGGGUUUUUUUGGGGGGGGUUGUUUUGUUUUGUUUUGUUUUUGUUUAAGCCUGAAAUGCUAAAGCACCAGUUUAUACACUGUGAAUAUUUCUGCUGAUCAUAUUGUAGAAGACUAAGCUCUCUGAAAAGGCGGCUGUGCUAUUCACCUGUAUAAACUGCUUAGGUACAUGAAUGAUGUCCAAGCUGGGUCUGGACAUUGAAGGACCAAAAAACUCAGCUGAAUUAUAAAACUCUGCCUCAUGCCCUGUGCAGCUGGACUUCACUAUUCUUUAGGUAGGAACAUUAUCAUGUCACUAAUUGGUUGAAUAAUUUAUAAAAUAAUCAGGUGGGUCUGCAUAUAACUUUUCAUUGAGUAUUAUUGAAUUACAGACUUGGAAGUAUAUCCCAUAACAAUGUUAUAUGUAUAUAUAUAUACACACAUGUAUCUGUCAGUGAAAUGUUAAAAGCCUGACAGCUCAGGAGGCAGAACUAUAGUGAUUUAAAAUGUCUUUUGUCUUUAAGUCUUUUUAAUCUGAUUUUUAUUUACUGGUCAGUCUAUUGUACAUUUGAAUUUUUCUACUUGCAUAGUACAUUCGUUGACUGUUUUAAAGACAAUUGUGUUAGCA